AUGAGGAUAUUCUGGCUCGUCACGUUCAUUGUGAGUGUUGCGCUGUCCUUCUACCUGAUAUCAAAGGUCUGGAAUAAGUGGAAUACGUCUCCCGUUAUUGUCAGCUUUGCCGAUAGACAUGUCUUCGUUGAUAAGGUACCAUUCCCAGCAAUAACAAUUUGUCCCGCAGUAAAAUUUAAGAAUUUCAAUUACACGGCGAAACUUAUAGAUGUAGAACAUCGUAAAGUCAUUGACAAUGACACCAUGGCCACAGCUAGUAUCGUGAACUUAUUUUGUGACAGGCCAAACGUGGCGCUUGCUCAAAGACUGCCUGAUGACUGGAUGGAUAUAUUGUUAAAUGUGUCGAUGGAUGUAGAUGAUAUUUUCUUCCACUGCAAACUCGGGGGACAUGAUUGCACGAAUCUAGUAAAAAGAGUGUUGACGGCGGAUGGAAUUUGUUUUAACAUAAACGGUUUAGCAGCUAAUAAUAUUUUGAACUACGAUAAUAUACAAAAAGAAUACAAAUACUCAUUUAAUGAACAUGAGGCGAGUAAUUGGACAUUAACUGAAGGCUACACCAAUGAUGACGUAAACGCCUACCCACAUCGUGGCCAGAUUUAUUUGCACCACCCAGCCGAUUGGCCUCAGGCGCGGCCUUACUAUUUUGCAGCUCUACCAGAGCAAGUAUCAUCCAUGGCUGUUGAGUUCUCUGCAGUUUCUACCAGCGAAGAUUUGAAAGCAGUUGCAUUAAACGUGCGACAAUGCUACUUUCCAGAAGAGAGGCCGCUGAAAUAUUUUAAAAUAUAUUCCUACAACCAUUGCAAACAAGAAUGUUUGACAAACUUCACCUACUCAUGGUAUGCUUUUUUAAUUGGAGGCAGUAAACACCUGCAAAAGUGUAAAUGUCUACCAGCAUGCAACUACAUACAAUAUGACGCUGAAAUACAUAAAACAGAUUAUAAUUUGGAUGAUUUUCAGUUUAUAUUGAGAAACAAAAGGAAGAGUUUGAUUCAAAAAAGUACAAGUGUGCAUAUAUUUUUCAAGGAACCAAUGUUUAUGGCUAUACAUCGAUCAGAACUGUUUGGGAUAACCGAUUUUCUUGGCAUCUGUGGCGGUCUUCUGGGCUUAUUCUUGGGAUUCUCAUUCUUAAGCAUUGUGGAGAUCUUCUAUUUUCUCACUUUUAGGGUCUACAAAACAAUAACACGCGAUUUGAAGACUGAGAUAUCGGAGAACCUGCCAGGCAUUCGAGACGUCGAGAAGUUACAUGACGAGAUCACAGAACCUCCGCUGAAUCUUAAAUAA